AUGGAGCAUCACAUAACCCACACAGGGGAGAAACCUUUUGAAUGCUCAGAGUGUGGAAAGAGAUUCAGUAAGAGUGGCCAUCUUCAAGAGCAUCAAAAAACUCACUCAGGGGAGAAACCAUUUGAAUGCUCAGAGUGUGGAAAGAGAUUCAGUCGGCGUUCCACUCUCCAACAGCAUCACAUAACCCACACAGGGGAGAAACCUUUUGAAUGCUCAGAGUGUGGGAAGAGAUUCAGUUCACAUAGGCAUCUUCAGCAGCACCAAACAAUCCACACAGGGGAGAAACCUUUUGAAUGCACAGAUUGUGGAAAGAGAUUCAGUCAGAGUAGCCAUCUUCAAGAGCAUCAAAGAACUCACUCAGGGGAGAAACCUUUUGAAUGUUCAGAGUGUGGGAAGAGAUUCAGUCACAGUAGCAGUCUUCAAAACCAUCAAAGAACCCACACACGGGAGAAACCUUUUGCAUGUGCACAGUGUGGGAAGAGAUUCAGUACGAGUAGGCAUCUUCAGCGGCACCAAAGAAUCCACACAGGGGAGAAACCUUUUGAAUGCACAGAGUGCGCAAAGAGAUUCAGUCAGAGGCUCAGUCUUCAACGGCACCAAACAAUCCACACGGGUGAGAAACCAUUUGAAUGCACAGAGUGUGGAAAGAGAUUCAGUCAGAGUAAUAGUCUUCAAGGCCAUCAAAGAACCCACACAGGGGAGAAACCUUUUGAAUGCUCAAAAUGUGGAAAGAGAUUCAGUCGGAGUAACAGUCUUCAAAAGCAUCAAGUAACCCACACAGGGGAGAAACCAUUUGAAUGCUCAGCGUGUGGGAAGAGAUUCAGUUGGAGUAGUAAUCUUCAAAAGCAUCAUAGAACCCACACAGGUGAUAAACCUUUUGAAUGCACAGAGUGUGGGAAGAGAUUCAGUCAGUAUAGUCAUCUUCGAACGCAUCAAAGAACCCACACAAUGGAGAAACCUUUUGAAUGCACAGAUUGUGGAAAGAGAUUCAGUCAGAGUCGCAGUCUUGAACACCAUCAAAGAACCCACACAGGGGAGAAACCUUUUGAAUGCACAGAUUGUGGAAAGAGAUUCAGUCAGAGAUGGCGUCUUGAACACCAUCAAAGAACUCACACAGGGGAGAAACCU